AUGGGUCUUAUCAAGACUGGUCUUACCUUGGCUGGUGUCUAUGGCCUUAUUAAAGCUGCAUCCAAGGCCGCUUCUGAACAUGAAGACAAGAAGCAAAACCUCCAAAAUACUUCCCAGCAACAGUACUAUCCUAACCACAACCCGCAAAGGGGCUAUAUGAAUGGAAACUCAAUGAACAACCCUCAUGUCCAACCAUCGUACCCUCCACAUGGGCCUCGCUCAAACCAUAGCGACGUGUAUGAGCCUUCGCCACAAGCACAAUCCCGGUCGAUUCAGCAGCAGUCGAUGGGCUAUAUAAGGACCAUGGAGAACCCUCCGCCAUACUAUCAGAGCCACCCAUACGAAAUAUAG